AUGUCAUCGUCAGGCUCCUCCAACGCACCAACGUCAAAGAUGCAACCGACGCAGAAGACCGAAGCUGAUGCAGCCCAAGCAUCCAAGACAGCAUCGAACCCGCCGGCGGCUAUGCUCGAGGAAGAUGAUGAAUUUGAGGAUUUUCCCGUUGAAGACUGGUCGCAGGAAGACGCAGAAGUGCCCGGCGGGACUACACAUCUCUGGGAAGAGAGCUGGGACGAUGAUGACGAGAAUGAAGAUUUUAGCAAGCAGCUGAAAGAGGAGUUGAAGAAAGUCGAAGCAAGCAAAUAG